UCCUCUCCUCCUCCUCAUGGCUCCUCACACAUCCAUCCUCGUUCCUCACAACACAAAUGGGAGCGUUGACACGGUUAUAAAGAUGGCGCACUAUGGAUGGAGGAGGAGCGAGGAAACAUCAAAUUAGCGUCAUGAGAUGCACCCAAAUACGUUCCUGUUACUGACCCCCUUCCACAAGGAGCCGCUGCCUGGGAGAGCUGCUCCCUAGCUGGCUGUGAGGGAUCAGCGUGCUGAGGGACCGGGAGACCACCGGGGAUCACAGCCAGCCAGUAAAGCAGAAUGCCAUCUCUGUCGGAGCAGCUACAGGAGGUGCGGAGUCUGGCUGAAGUGUGUCUCUACUCUGGUGGCAGGGUGGUGGAGGUGCGGGUUGGGGUGAUGGGUAUGGCUAAUCUGCCCUUACCCCCCUGCUCCAAAUACUGUCAUAUCGCUGCAGAGACAAUGGUCAUAGAAAACAGCUAUGGCAGCAACAGGAAGGAGACUCUUUCAUCACUCCAGCGCUUGUCUACAGCACUGAACAUCCUAGAAAAGUAUGGCUGUAAUUUGACCAAUCCCAACAGGCCAAAGUAUUGGAGGACAGUGAAACACAACAACCCAGUUUUCAGGGCCACUGUUGAUGCUAUUCAGGGAGGACGAGCAGUGCUCUGUCUCUAUGGUUACUCCAAUCAGCAGCUUGAUGGGCUCAGCUUCCCUGAUGAUGUCACAGAUCCUGAUGUGGGCCGAGUUGCUGCAGUAACACUAGAAGUGAUGAGUCUGAGGAUGGAACUAGAAAUGCUUAUUAAGGAUGCCCAUCCCCACCCUGAGUUCUAUGAGAGAAUCAUUCCUACACUAAGACACAAGGAUGUGGGUCUCAACACUGAUGCUGUGGGCUGUCACUUCUCCAUUUCAUGCCAUUCAGAUGGUCAGACCAAGUCUCUGGCCUUCCCCCUCCACCAUCACUCCUCCAGGGAGAGCAGUAAUGGCCAGUCCAUGUCCUCCAACCACCAAAGUCUCAGAUCCAUUCAGGUCUUUUCCACCUCUUCAAACAAACACCCAGAGAACUGCAAUAUUUGUGGAAUAUUCCGUAUCUCUGCUCACUGCCUCACCUGCCUCCAAGGGCUCUGCUCAGAAUGUGACAGACUGUACCACUCCUACCCUGAGAGAGCAAACCACCGCCGAACAGCUGUCUCGUCAUCGUCCCAAAACAGGAAAACUGACAGUUCUUCCACCUGGCGUUGCCUCCACUGCUCUAAAGUCAACUCAGUCCAGGACGUGCUCUGUGGAAAGUGUGAGCACCCUCGUUUGGAACUGAUCAGCUCUAAAGCAGAUGAAUCUCAGCCUGCCACCAUCACUGAGUGGCAGUGUAAGAGCUGUACCAUGGUAAAUGGAGCCAGCAGUAUUCUGUGUCAAGUGUGUGAAAGACCUCGUUUGGCUACAAGACCUCCAUUGACCUCUUCACACCCACCCAACAACCCCCCCAGACCACCAGCACCAGUGCUGGGCAUGCCCGGUGACCCUGACAGCCAGUGGGUGUGUCAGUUCUGCACCUAUCUGAACUACUCUCCUGCUACAGUGUGUGAGAUGUGUGACCUGGCUCGUCCAGAGCCUGCACCGCUGCCUGUGAAGCUCCACCCUCCCUCUCCUGUCAGACGGGUCCCUGCCUUGCCAAUCAAACCUAAAGAGCAUGCUCCUGAAGACCUGGAGUCCUGGAGGCAGAGGCUGAUGAAGGAGGAGGGCCUGAAGCUGAUUCAACUCAUCAGAGAUGGAGAGAAGAACGGAGUGAGUCCAGAGGAGGUGUACACAAGCAUGAGGGUAGCAGGGGACAGCAGCAUCUUGCCAUGCAAGUGGUUGAAGACGGAGCUUCCUCUGCUGUUGGACCAGAUCAGGAUGUUUGUGGCAACAUCUUCCCUUCAGUCUCAUCCUGACCAGACCAUGGCCCAACACAAAAGCAGGUCAUGUGAAGCUCCCACUGAGGAUGCUGGGAAAGAGAUGAACCCUGCAGAGAUUCAAAGUGUGGUCCAGUUGUCCAGAGCAGAAGUCAAGCAGGCGUGGCUAACAGCAGGGGGCGACACAGAGAGAGCUGCCAGGCAGGCUCUGAGAGACAGACUGGCCAAGGUAAAAGAGCUGAGUGUGCUGGGCUUCAGCAAUGAGGCUCGCUGUAACGAGGUUUUGAGGCAGAGUGGUGGUGAGGUAAGGGAGGCCCUGGCCCUGCUGCAGCGCCCCCUCCUGGAGCCCUUCCACCAACACAUUUGGAGUGACAAGCCCGAGCCUCCUGUGGACAUCCAUCACCCCGACAAACAGCGCAUAUGUCGGAGGUUACUAGCGGUGUACGAUCUUCCCAGCUGGGGUCGCUGUGAGCUUGCCUUGUCACUGCUUCUGGAGCACAGCGCCCCCUACGCACUUGAAGAUGUAGUGCAGGCAGUACGAGAGUCCCACGACAGGGAGUUUAUCAAGAGAGUGCUGGCUAAAGAGUGUCCCAUCUGCCUCUCUGUCUUCCCACACAGCAAGAUGCAGUCUCUGACCUCGUGUCAGUGUUCUGUGUGCUGUGGUUGUUUCCAGCAGCACUUCACCAUUGCUGUAAGGGACAAACACAUAAGAGACAUGGUCUGUCCAGUCUGCUGGGAGCCUGAUAUCAAUGACCCUGAACACCUCAACAGCUACUUCUCUACCCUGGACAUCCAGCUGCGAGAGUGCCUGGAGCCAGAAGUCUAUGAGCUGUUCCAUAAGAAGCUGACAGAGCAGGCUCUAAUCAAGGACCCCAAGUUCCUCUGGUGCUGUCAUUGCUCAUAUGGGUUCAUCUAUGAUGGAGACCAGCUGAAAGUAAUCUGUUUUCAGUGUCGCAACAGUUUCUGUGCUCAGUGUAAAAAGCCUUGGGAGUCUCAGCAUGCAGGUCUGUCCUGUGAACAGUACCAGUCAUGGAAGAGAGAAAAUGAUCCCGAGUAUCAGAGACAGGGCCUGGCGGGAUACCUCAGAGACAAUGGCAUCACCUGUCCUAACUGUCGCUUUCAGUACGCGUUAUCUAAAGGAGGCUGCAUGCAUUUCUGCUGCUCACAGUGUCGUUACCAGUUCUGCAGUGGCUGCAACAACCCAUUCCACACUACGUGUGCAGUGGACGAGUGCAGUGUGUCAGGAUUACAUGCCCAUCAUCCCAGAGACUGCCUCUUCUACCUUAGAGACUGGGAACCAUCCAGACUAAAAGCUUUACUUGAGAAUAAUGGAGUGGCAUUCAACACUGAACCCCCUCCUGGAACACUGACAGGUCUGUGUGGAGUGAUAGAGCAGAAGGAUGAGGGAGGGCAGCAGCCAGAUUCAGCUUGUGGAGCUCAGACCCAACCUGGACAUGCUGGACUCUGCGAGAAGCAUUACAGGGAGUACCUGGUGAGCCUGAUCAACAGCCACUCCAUCGACCCGUCCCCCCUCUACAGCUCCAAUGAGCUGCUGCUGGCCUGCAGGAGAUACAAGGUGGACGACAGCCGUAGGGACGGAGAGGACGGCUUCACUUACUACAGCAGACUGCUUGAGAAACUAAUGGAUGAAGUACCACUUGGGGAUAAAGUGCCACGCAAGAAAUAAUGAAUCACUUCCUGGUUCUCAGUGAUUAUGUUGACAUUUCAGCUUAAAACUCCACUACAAGAGACGUCAUUGUUUGGAUCUGUAGAUGUUGUAAACUCAUGUCCCACUGAUGGUGUAGAUACACAGGCAUGUCAUCUCUGCCCGAGUGCUUUAAUGAAGUUUAAUUAAUAAAGCAUAAUAAGCAGAAUAUUUCACAUAUGGUUUAAAUGCAGUGGGUUUCACCUUAGAUGUUAAAUCCAAAUUACUACUCAGUUACCUUUAGUUUACUCAUCUUGCUUUGAACACAUUUACAUUGAUGAAGCAGGUAUAAUUAUAAGUAAAACUCAUUCAACAUCAACUGAAAAGGGCAAAUUAUGUAACAUGGGACAAGAUGAAACCCCAGGAAUUAUGCAGCCAUUGUAAAAGACUGACUGAAUAAUCCCAAUAAUCAACAAGUUAACAAGUAAAUAUAUUUGUGUUAAUUUUACAUACUUAAAAAGGCUAUUGCAACUAAAUGCAAUGCAGGUCAAACAGUUAGGAGUGAAGUCAGUAGAUAAAGAUGACAAGAUCUGAUCCUCUGACCAACAUAGGCUACCAUGGUGAUCUCCCCAAGUUAAAUUCAACAAGCUCUGUGAUACCAGAAAAUCUGUUAACCCAGCUCAGAGAUCACUUGCUAACUCACUAAUCUAAUCCUGAUUAGGGCCUCUGGGCCCUGUUCCUGGUAGGAGGUUCAACAAACUGAGUAAUUCUGAACUCUGAGUUGAUUUACCCUCACAUGGGAAACUCUUAACAGAGCUGCAAUAUUACAGUUCACCAUGGCAACAUGUAAAUCAAAUCAUUGAAUUGGAAAUCCUCACGUGAACGUACGGUGAGUUAGAACACAUUUUUAGAUAAAAAAGCAACACGGUUGCAGCUGCAAAGGAGAGCGAAGAAUAAGAUUUCAUCACAAAUAUAAUAUUACAGGUGAAAACUGGUGAAAUGGUAUUGAACCUAAACUUUAUUCAUUUAGUUGUAAUCCUGCCGGCAAAAGAGGGACAUGGAAGCAGCUGAAAAUGAAAUAUAAGAACAUAGUUCAAACAGCUAAGCCAUAACCUAUUACCGUGGUUCGACUAGGGGCAAAAGUGUCCACCGGUAAAGUCUCAGGCCACACCCUCUCAAAAGUCCUCUCACUCUGCGUGUCUCCAUUACAAGUUAGCCCCCAGAGGGAUUUAGAGACUCUGGAGGUGACGUAUGGUUUUCACCGUCGCUAACUGUGCACAACGUCAGCAGCUGAAAGCAGCAUGGCUAAUUAUGCACAGAGUCUCCACUGAUCAUAAACAUAGUGAUCUAGUGAAUUAAACAUAGUGACAUAGUGAAUUAACGACAUCUCUAACUGUGCACAGAGUGUCCGGUGCUUGUUGUAAACAAACAGAGAUCGCUAAGUGAGCACCUCCUGUAGCAGCAGCACAUACACACUGUACUGCUACAGAGCUAACUGUAGCUAACUGCCGCUAACGGUAUCGCUGGAUUUGUCUCCAGUUGUUUUCUCGAAGAAUAGUUGCUAAGGGGGUCUGAAAAGUGCUAAAUUUAGCAACAAAGUCGCUAAGUUGGGAACACUGCUUUGCAGGCCAUUACAAAUGGCGUGUGUUGUUGUCGUGUAGAGUACUACGUCACAUCCUGCUUAGCGAUCUAUCCAAUCAGUAACCAGGCUGUUUUCAGGGGAGAAAAAAGACCCUGCUCUUCUACAGGGACGAAAAAAGUCCUGACAAAUGCCGGCUCCGGACUCCUCGUAUUCAAAUUAGGGGCGUUUUGGCGAGUGAGACCCGCCUCAUUCUGGGUAUUGCCCGGUAGUGGAAACAGCCCUUAUUAGCCUACAUCUCAGUCCUAUUUAAUUUAAUUAAUAAUUGACUGAUUUAAGUAAAUAUAAUUCAGUGGCUAUUUCAAUGUGUUUCAGUGCCAGGGUCACUUCCCUUUUCACUCUGCAAACUAGAGCUUUUCUGAUAUGCUCUGCAUCGCCAAUAUUUUAAAGAAAACAACUAAAAAAAAAAUUGUAACGCAAUGACUUUGCUCUGAUGUGAGAGCACGUCAAUGGUGUGUUAUGUUUCAGAUGUCAGACUGGAGAAUGUUGUUGAGAUAAAUAAAGAAUUGUAAGGAAAAACGUUAACGCUCCAUAAGGAAACUAUCGGGGUAUCAAGCACAUGAAUUCAGGGUCUCGGAUCCUCUACUGACGUAAGGCUGUGUGUAUAACCUCAGCUCCUUAUCAACAGGACCAGAGGAAGGGACACCACAUGACAGCAGCGAGCUGCUUCAGGAUCAGCAAGAGGGAGGAGACGGGGAAAGAUGAGGUUUUUUUAUAGAAAACCUGCAUAUUAAUUUGCAGAGUGUGAAUAAAGCCCAGAGUCAGAGUGGAGGGUUCAUAUACAUGACACAUGCAUAAAAGUGUUAACCUUACACAGUCAAUGAGUAACAAACUAAUAUCCAAACAGGAUUGUGAUUCUGACAAACAGUAACCUGCUGAUUAAUGUGUGAAUGAAAAAACUCUGUAAGAGGGAGGAGACACAGAUAAACCCAGAGUUUGUUGAAGAAAACCUACUUGAAAGCAGGUUAGGUUUUUAGUCAGUUACCAUGGCAACUCAGUCCCCUUCUGAAACGGGAAUCCAAAGUUUCCCUCAUUUCAGUCUGAACAUACUCAGAGUGCAGAAAACCUGCUUGCUGGAACAGGCUCCAGGUCUCAAAUGACAUGGUCAUACCAUUACGCCCUGUGUUCACUGCACAUUUGCUAUUUUUAUAGUUUAUUUAUUGUGUAUAAAAUCAAAUAUUAUGAUUGUGCAUGUGUAAACUUGACUUGUGAGUAUGGUAAGAUUAAAGAUGUUAGCAGUAUUUACAGAUAAUUUGUCUUGCAUUUAUUGUUGCCAACGGGGCAUUGCAGGUGACGACCCUGCCUUACAAGGCUUAGUUGCUACAUAAAGCUUAUUUGAUUAGGUGGUGUGAAUGCAUAUACUAUGCAACAUUAUCUCUAAACUGUGUUAAAAAGGUGUGUCACUUAUUGAUUAUUUAAAAACCGAUGCCUUUAAUUAACUUCUUUG